AUGGCAGGAACAAUUACGACCAAGGUCAUGAUUAUAUCUGAUACGCAUUGCUUUCAAUUCGGCGAUGCUGAAAAGGUCCGAGGCCACUUUAAGCAACCACUCCCUAAAGUCGACAUCAUCCUCCACUGUGGCGACCUCACAGAGCGAGGUGGAUUGAAGGCAUAUCAGGACGCCAUCAGAAUGCUUAGCUGUAUCAAUGCCGAACUCAAGCUAGUCAUUGCAGGCAAUCACGAUCUCUCCCUCGACGGUCCCUAUUGGUAUACCAAGGGUUGCGAUCCGGAAGACCCUGAAGACUAUGCGGAGCAUGAGAAGGGGAUUGAAAUUUUGAAAGGGCCAUUAGCAAAGGAGGCAGGAGUCACAUAUCUCGAGGAGGGACUGCAUACCUUUACUCUUACCAGCGGGGCCAAGUGCACCGUCUACGCCUCGCCAUACCAGCCAGAAUUCUUCCCCGACUUUCCAGGGAUCGAUAUCAUGAUGACACAUGGGCCUCCGGAAGACAUUCUCGACUGGGUCGCCAGCCCUCCCGGCACCACCGUAGGAUGUCAGGCGUUGCUUCGAGCGGUCAGCCGCGCCAGACCUCUCCUCCACUGCUUUGGACAUAUUCACGAGGCAUAUAGUGCGACAGUAGUAACAUGGAAAGAUGAUAGGGAGAAGAUUGGAGCGGAUGCCAUCGAAGCUCGUAGCCCGCAGCCUAGUGUUUAUCCCGACUCCUCCAACCGGCCUAUUAAGUUUGGAAAAGAGACCAUGAUGGUGAAUGCUGCUAUCAUGGAUGUGAAUUAUAAUCCGAGAAACUCUCCGUGGUUAGUAGAUCUAGAGCUUCCACGUGCAGCGUGA